ACAAACCAAAAAAGAAAAAAGGCUGGUAGGAAAUUUUAACUAUGAUGAUUUUUUCACACUAUCCACGAUUACUACCAAUAUCAUCAGUUACUGGAUAUAGACAGUUUAAUUACCCUUAUCGGAUCCAUAGCAUUAGUAUCUCAAGCGUACCAGAUCAUCCAUUCAUUCGUAUCAUUAGACACUAUCGAUCUCAUCUGAUCCACCUUUAUAACUAAAUCAAUCAAUCUCAUACAUCCCCAUCAUGGUGUAUACCAAGAUAUUACAAAGAAGUUAUGGUAAUGUAUAUGUAACAACCAGAUCAUUGAGUUAUAGAACUUCAGUAAGAUAUCCCUUGGGACCAUCAUUACACGCUAAUAUAAACAAUCGUACCAUAAAUGUACCCUUGAUCAAUUCCAUAAUAAGAUAUCAAUCUACAUCAUCAUCAUCUUCAAAGACAUCACCAAAAGCCGAGGCUAAAACUAUAAUAGAAAAGAAUGCUGAACAAGGUACGACUGAGAUUAUAAAGGGAACUGUCAAUACUGAUGUCAUUCCAGUAACCACAACAGCUGCACCACCAGCUGAUAAACCAAAACAAACUUUAUGGGAAAAAGUUAAACAUGAAGUAAAUCAUUAUUAUAAUGGAACAAAAUUACUUGGUUAUGAAAUGAAAGUUUCAACCAAAUUAUUAUUCAAAUAUAUGUCAGGUUAUGCCUUAUCCAGAAGAGAAUCAAAUCAAUUACAAAGAACAUUGGUUGAUGUGAUACGUUUAGUUCCAUUCUCUGCUUUUGUAUUAAUUCCAUUUGCAGAAUUAUUAUUACCUAUUGCUUUAAAAUUAUUCCCAAAUCUUUUACCAUCAACUUAUGAAAGUAAACAAGAUCGAAUUAAAAAGAGAAAUCUGUUAUCAAAAACUAGAGUCUCAGCAUCAGAACUUAUUAAAAAGACUAUGGAAGAAUCAGGAUUAAAAUUAUCCAAAAAAAUUACUGAAGAAGAAAAGGAAGCUUUCGUAUCAUUUUUUGAUAUUAUUGCUUUAGGUACUAAACCAACUCAUUCUCAUUUAAUUAAAGUAGCCAGAUUAUUUAAAAAUGAUCAAGUUUUAGAUAAUUUAUCUCGUCCUCAAUUAGUUGCCAUGACUCAAUAUAUGUCUUUAAGACCAUUUGGAACUGAUUCAAUCUUACGUUAUCAAAUCAGACAUCGUUUAUUAACCAUCAUUAAAGAUGAUAAAGCCAUUGAUUAUGAAGGGGUUGAAACUUUAACUAUUCCUGAAUUACAAAUUGCUUGUUCUCAAAGAGGAAUUAAAUCAAUUGAUGUUUCUCCUGCUAGAAUGAGAGAUGAUUUAUCAACUUGGUUAGAUUUAAGAUUAAGACAAAAAAUCCCAUCUUCAUUAUUGAUUUUAUCUUCAACUUAUACUUAUGGUGAUAAAUCUCAUAGUAUUGAAACUUAUUAUGAUGCAUUAUUAGCAGUUUUAUCAUCAAUUCCUGAUGAAGUUUAUAAUGUCGCUAAAUUAGAAUUAUCUGAUGAUUCUAAAUUGAAAUUGAAUAUGUUGAAAGAACAAGAAGAAAUGAUUCAAGAAGAAAAUUUGAGAGAAAAGGAUACUGUUAAUCAAAUUAAAGAUAAUAUUAAAUUAGAUGAAUAUGAAGAUACUGCUAAUGAAGGUAUGAAAAUUGAACAUGAUAAUGAAAAUGAACCAGAAGUUAUUGAAGCCAAAUCUGAAUCUGAAUCCCAACCUGAAUCUCAAGUUGAACCUCAAACUGAAACCAAACCUGAAUCUGAAUCUGAAACUGUGAUUGAAACUCCUAUUAAAGUUAAAGUCGAUGACAAGAUCGAACCUAUUCAAUUAGUUGAACCAGUUAAGAACAAGAGUUCUUCAGCUGAAGCUCAAUCAUGAUUGUAUUUUGCUUUGUUAUGUUAUGAUUGCUUUUUGAUUUCUAUUUCGUUAUUAUUAUAGAUUCCAUUUCCAUUCUUUACAAACACACACACACUUAUUCAUUCUACAAUUAAAUCUAUUAUUUAUUUGUAUUUAUAUUAAAUUAUAUAUAUUUACUAAACCUAAAUAUGUAUUUUUGGGUAAGAGAAAGAAACACCCUACUCCUAACCUCCAAAAA